CGGGCGGGAGCGGCCAUGGUGGAACGCGCAGACGAGGCGCCGCUGCUCUUCUGGGCCGAGGGCCCCGCCGUGUCGGCGCCGCCGCCCGCGGCCGAGGCGAGCGGCGGUGCCGGCGGGCGGCGGCUCGGCUGGAGCGCGGCGCCCUGGGACGGCGCGGGGCCGGCGGAGGCAGCGGCGCCGCCGCGGGCAGAGGCGGAGGAGGACCAGAUCGUGGCCGUCUUCGUGGUCACCUUCGACCCCCGCACGGGCAACAUGGUGGAAUGGUGUUUACCCCAAGAUAUUGAUUUGGAAGGCGUGGAAUUCAAAUCCAUGGCAAGCGGGUCCCACAAAAUCCAGUCAGAUUUCAUUUAUUUCCGGAAAGGGCUCUGUUUUGGCCUGGCCUGCUUUGCCAACAUGCCUGUGGAGAGUGAGUUAGAGCGUGGUGCCCGCAUGAAGUCUGUGGGGAUUCUCUCCCCUUCCUACACCCUGCUUUAUAGGUACAUGCACUUCCUGGAGAACCAGGUCAGACAUCAGCUGGAGAUGCCAGGGCACUACUCCCAUCUAGAGGCGUUCUAUGAUGACAAGAAAGGAGUUCUCCCUGAUAACAAGGGCACCCCCACCUCUCAGCAACCUGUCCACUGGCUGCCAUCUAUCCACAGAUACAUGUACCCAGAGAUGAAGAUCACACACCCUGCUGGCUGUAUGUCUCAGUUCAUCAAAUUCUUUGGUGAGCAGAUCCUUGUCCUCUGGAAGUUUGCCCUGCUGCGCAAGCGCAUAUUGAUAUUUUCACCGCCCCCAGUUGGAGUUGUCUGCUAUAGAGUGUAUUGCUGCUGUUGCCUUGCCAAUGUUUCUCUGCCUGGUCUUGGAGGAACUGUCCCAGAGUCCAAACCGUUCUUCUAUGUGAAUGUGGCAGACAUAGAAAUGCUGGAGACAGAAGUAUCAUACGUAGCGUGUACAACAGAAAAGAUCUUUGAGGAGAAACGGGAUCUCUAUGAUGUCUAUGUGGACAACCAGAAUGUGAAAACACAUCAUGAGCAUCUUCAGCCACUCCUGAAAAUUAACAGUGCGGACAAGGAGAAGUACCGACGGCUCAAUGACCAGAGGCAGAUGUUAAUGUAUUCUCAAGAAGUGGGUGAGGAUUGUAGCUCCUGUGAAGAGGACCUUUUCAUCUUGUUUUUCAUGGAGCAGAACAACCGCAUAUUUCAGACAUUGAUGGAGGUGUCAGCCAGCCAGGACAAGACACUGACAGCUGACCAUGCACGAGGAAUGGGCCUGGAUCCCCAAGGGGAUCGAAGUUUCCUUAUGGACUUGCUGGAAGUAUACGGCAUUGAUGUUAUGCUGGUCAUUGACAACCCUUGCUGCACUUAAACCAAGGGCAAGAGAGAUGGGGAGCAAAGAUCACUUUCUAGAGACUACCAAACACUGCUUAGGAGGGUCACUGGAACUCACCACAGCCACUGGAUGAAUCUAAUUUUAUGUAAUAACUUUAUAUGGAGAGUAUUUAUAAUUUUAAAACAAAAUGUGAUUUUAUUUUCUUCCCCUUAAGUUGCUAAUGAGUACCUCCUCCAGGUUUUGUUUGUUUUUGUCUCCCUUUCUCUUUCCUUUGGGGUUUUUGGUUUUGUUUAGAUAGGACCAGUGGCACUUUUGCACCAAUCCUUGUUGCCAGUGAUAGCUAGGUUUCGGCCUAGCCUGGAUACCUGAGGGCUGAAGACUUCAGGAAAGCACUUUGUCCGAUGGGGACCAAUGUGAAAUGCUGUAGCUGAGCUCUCAAGACUUGACUGGAAAACCCUCCUAUCAUCCCCUCUUCCAUUUGGGAACUGAAGAGAGCUUUAGCACAGGCUGUUAGUGGCCCAGCCUCAUAAAACAUCUCCUGUCCUACGAUGUUUAUUGGUGGGGACAGUUAAACCAAUGAUAAAACCCAGGACUCCUUAAAACACCCCUCAUACAACUUUUAGCAGCUGAGUGUUGGAAGAAAGCCACCCUUCCUCACCAAAGGCAGAAACUUACCAGGAGGUGCUACAGGAUCUUACGACAUUACUUACUGGAGCAGCACGAUUUCACUUCCAGCAUUUGAGCCGAUAUAAACAGUCAAGACUGUAUCUGCAUAUCUCAUAGUUGGAGAAGAGCACUAUCUCUAUUUAAUUCCUCCUACCAGUACCUCUGGUUUUCAGUUACAUCACACCUGCUGUUUAAAAUCUUCAAACCAGCAAGAUGGUCUCCUGUUUAACAGGGACCAACAUCACUGAGCCACUGUGCAGUCACCAUGUUCUCCAGCUUCUGCUCAUACGAUGCUGGGCCAGAUUGGGUUGAAUAAGUAUGCUUUAAUGUCACUAGCCCUUCCUUUGUAGGAGAUGUACUUGUCACUCCCUUGCUUUAACAUUGUCUGCCGAUCCUACUUUUGUUGAGAAGCUUCAGCACUGCCUGCCGCUGUCGUUGGCUUUCAGUGUGAGACAGAGAGCAGCAUGUGACCAUUCAGCUGGAGCAGCUUCGCAGUUUGAAGGAGGUUCCCUUGGAGUCUGGUAUUCUUAACUGGUGCAGCUGCAAGAAGCAAUGUCUAACAGCAAGGCCUUUUUUUGUUUUUUUUUCUCUUGGGCAGAGAAGGUGUAGAACCAGAUGAAUGGUAUUUCCUAUUCUUGUGUUGUGGAAAGAAUAGGAUUCAAUUGAUGUAGGACCAGUGGUUACCUCCAGGAAGGCUAUCCUGAUAAAAAGUAAUCCCUUCACCAUGUAAAACCCAAGAAUGGUACUGUGGGUCUAGGUGUGAUACACUGUUUCAGCCAGUAGUAGCAUCAGCUUUAAGCUAACUGUUUUUUAAGCUUUUAUUUUAAGCUUCCUGAACUGUGGCUAUAGGUAAUUAGCUGCUGCUUCUACCAUAAUAAGAUUUCGGCACUCUUGGAGCCUUUUUGCAGUUUGUAGAAAUGCAAACUGUAGCCAAUGUAUCCAUUUAUAGAAUGAGACAGAACCUGAACCACCAAAAUCUCACCUGCUAAUUCUUUCUAAAACAGGUGAAGCAAAUAUUUUCCAAGUACAUCCUCUGUGGAUUGUUUCCCUCUGGAAAGAGGCUGCCAUGUGUGUUUUGCCUUGAAGACUAUCUGCAGCAAAGGGGUAGUUUUGCUUGCUGUGGAUUCAGAGGUUUUAAAUGUGGGAUUGUGGGCCUCACAAGGCUUAUUGCACAGACAAUUGGUAUGAGCUUCAGCAUAUUAUGUUCCCGUGAUCUGCCUGUCUCUGAGCAGUUGCUUCCCUACCUGCUUUUACAGGGCUUUGGAUGUUUUUGUACCAGAGAAAAACAUGCUGCUGCUUGUAUUGCCAGUCGCUCACAAGUGUGACAUAAUCAUCCUUAGAAGGCUGGGGAAAAAAUGGAGAAAGAGGAAAAAACAGAACUGAAUAUCAUUUAAUGGAAAGACAGGUCUCUUACUUAAGAAAAGGCUUUGGUUUUAAAUUGACACCUGUAAUAUAAAAGCAACCCACACUCUCCAUGCUUUCUUUCUAACUUCCACUAUAGUUUUCACAUGCUGUCUGCAGCAAAGAUCCCCGAGGAAGAAUAGCUGGCGCUGUAUUGCUGUCACUUACUGAACUUCCUUCAGAAGAAGAAAAAAAAAAAAAAACAAAAAAAAGGAACUGAAACUGCUCUCUAGCAAUUCUUCCUCUCACUUUCUUGAGGGUUUGCUACAUAGCUUAGCUGUGGUCAGCUGCUAAUGGCUUUCUAUUUGAUGUCAGUAGUUCUUUUGCUGAACUAAAUGGAAACAAACCUUUAAUUUGUCAUUGAAAUUUUACAGCCUUUGCAGUCAGAGGCUUUUGAACAUCCUGCAUUAAAGCGCUAUGUUCACAAGCUGUCAGAACAUCAGGACUAUUAGACAGCACUGCCAGAGCCCACUGAGCAGAACCUCCUGAAAUCACUAUUUGAUGUUUAUUAAACCUCUGCUUUCGAGAAACUAGGUCUUCAGUUGGUAGCAGUAGUGUGGGUACAGAAGCAUCAAAGCAAGCAGAUGACUGUAAAAGUAGCAUCCAUGCUAUAUCCCAGCUGGAUGGCUAAAGCCUGUUUUGCUUUUCCUUGUAAUUCUGUGUCUCUACAGCCUCUCUUGGCAGGCGACUGCUACAAAAGACAGAAAACAGAAAAAAAAGCCUUCUGUAUCCGAACCCUUCCUUGUUUGAUUUGCUAUGGAAACAAAUUUCUACCUGCAUUCCCCUUUUCUAAUAGACAUUGAUAAAUUAAUACAUAAUAUAAACAAAUGGCUGCA